AUGGCUGCCAGCACAGCGUCACCAAUAGCGACUUCGAGUCCCUCCACAGCGAUGAAUCCUACUACGACAGAGCACGACUUUCGCUUCCCGCGAAGACCCUUCGAACCGUCCUUCGGUCACCACACCGAAUCUUUCCGGCCGAGUAAGGAUAAUGCCGACGAGAAUAGUCCUGGAGAUUUGCGCAUACAUGAGCUCAACUUAGAUAUGGAUUUUACAAAAACUGACAAUCCUGCACACUUCGAUUUUCUGCAAACCUCGCUCUUCCCCAACUUACGAAAUGGCAUGUCCGGGAACAGUGAGAGUUUGGAGCAAAUGCAGCAAAAUGAUCCGCUUGCCACCCAGAUUUGGAGGUUUUUUCGCAACACGAAGCAGAGUUUGCCUAGCCAGGAUCGCAUGGUGAAUUUGACGUGGCGCAUGAUGCAUUUGAGUCUCCGCAGAAGGAAGCAGGAGGAAGACGCUCGUCGUAAUGCUCUUCGUGAGUACGACAAUACCGCUACGAAUAAUGCCAAUGCCCCCAGCGGCAUUGCGCAACUCAGGAAAACAUCAGAUCAUAAUUAUUUACAUACGGAUCCUAUGAAUCUGGACGAUUUCAUAUUUCCUGAAAAUGUCGCGACACCGGCUGGAUUGGCCGCGACACCCUCACCUGAUACAAGCAAGCAGGAGGGAGAGAAGCCGGCUCACACGACCGCCGCCGCUAUCCCUAUCAAAUCCCGUAGAAGCGCUUCACAGAACUUCGUUCCUCAAUCAGUCCCUGUUCCUCCCCAUCAAAGAAAUCAGGAUGAAUUCGCAUACGUCACUCGACAUCAUCGGAAGACCAGCAUUGACGAGAGACGAACUACUACUCGGAAUUUGAAGCGACCUGCUAACUUUUCCCCUCAUGUUUCCGCCCUCAAUAGCAACGGUUAUGUAGCCAAUGAGCUAGAUGCUGAUUCUGAUCUUCACGAAUAUUCUCUAGAAAACUCCCACGCGAAUGGCAAUGCUCAAGUUUCACACCAUUCCGGACCAUCCUUUCACCUUGAUAACUUUCACAUGGAAAGUGAUCCAAUCAUUAAUUCAGCAGGCCCCUUCCAGCAUGGCUUUUCAUUCUCACCUUCGACCUCGCCAAUGGUUCCCCAUGGCCCCUUUUCGAAUUUCUACAAUCACCAUGGCGUUGCUCCAAAUUCGGCGAAUGGUGCAGAUUACUACUCUCCGCCAGGAUCUGCGUAUCAGUCGGCUGUUUCUACCCCACACCCUAUUGUGGAAAAUGAGAAUAUGUUCUUCAGCUCGAUGGAUGUCCGCCACCAACGAGCACAGAAUUUCCGUCAUGGCCCAGCAUCUUUGAGGAACCAAAUGAGCCAGCAAUACAUGCACCAUUCCAACGGCAACUCAAUGUUUCAUCCCACUACUACUGGGGCAGAUUCGUCAACCUCUUUCACCCAAACUCUCACUUUCGGCCACGUUGACCCAAGCCAAGUCUUUCAGCCUGAGCACCCAGUUCGUUCGCCCGGUGUGGGUAUGGCACAUGAGAAUAUGUUUAAUUUUGGCAUCGAUUCUGACAAUGAGGAUGAGGACGGAGGUGCAUUCGCUGACCGAAACAUGGGAAUGCACCAGCCUUUUUCACCUGAUAAUGAAGUAGGCAUGGAUAUGGGCAACAAUCAAAACUCCAUGGGGUGGGAUGCUGCUUUGCCUGGGCAAUUUAGUACACAAGCGGCUCGCUACCCUGGUGGCCCACCCCGUAAGCAAGUCACUAUUGGGGGCACGACAACCGAUUUUCUAGACUCUGGGGAUUGGGACAGUCAAGGCAGCUUGCCUCGUUCCCAGUCAUUUAGGUCGGUCAGUGACAGGCGCCAGAAGAUGUCUCGUACAUCAUCGACACCGAGCGCCAACUUGGGCGGCCGUGGAAAUCCGUUCGAUAAGAUGGCCCAGUCGAACCCGAAUUCUCCACCAGCAGAUGUGUCAGGAACUGUCUCGGGCUUCUCUUCCGUAGCACCCAGUCGACCUGCGUCCCCACCCGGCUCCAAACAUGGGUCCACGAACAACCUGCAAGCUGCCGCGGGAGGCCAAGGGGACGGGAACGCACCUACUACUUGCACCAACUGUUUCACGCAAACUACGCCACUAUGGCGUCGAAACCCGGAAGGGCAGCCUCUUUGCAAUGCUUGUGGCCUAUUUUUGAAACUUCAUGGAGUUGUAAGGCCGUUGAGUUUGAAGACCGAUGUGAUCAAGAAGCGUAACCGUGGAUCUGGCGCCAGUCUCCCGGUUGGUGGGACAAGCACAAGGUCAAAGAAGAAUUCCGGAAAUGCAUCGGGCCCCGCUUCUGGACCUGCUUCACGCAAAAAUUCAACCUUAACUAUGUCUGCUGCAAACAAUUCAUCGCAGGUUACCACCCCGCCAUCGGCAACCAACAGGGCCGGCAGUGUCAAUGAGGGCGAAAGUCCUGCAAGUGGUGCUGGCGGUUCCGGUGGUAACACGGCAGGCAGCACGCCCACAAGUUACGCAGGUUCUGCCAAUGGUGCUGUUGGCGGUAAAGGCGUUGUGCCUAUUGCGGCCGCUCCCCCCAAAAAUGCACCUGGGCCGGGUGCCGCUUCGCUCCCGCGAACUAUCGGCGCCAACGGCUCUUCCAAGCGUCAACGACGUAAUAGCAAGAGUACUGGUCCCAACGAAUCGUCCACUGUCAUGGAUAUUGACAGUCCCGAGAAUUCGACUGGCUCGAACGAAGCAGCUCGCUCCAUUGGUUCAUCAAGCGGGUUCGCUAGCAUAUCAAACCCAGGAAACUUGGGCCUUGCUAAUAGUUUCGGCAUGACCCAAAGACCUAUGAUGGGAUCUGGCAUGGUCGGAAUGUCGAGUGCUCCUAGUGGUGUGAUGAAUACCGGUUCUGGCAAUGGACCCCAGGAAUGGGAAUGGUUAACGAUGAGCCUCUAA